UUUGACAAAUAUAGAAUAGAGCUAAAUACUUGUAACGGAUUUUGUUUCGUUCGUUCUAACUUUAAUUAUUAUUUAUACAAUUAAAUGUAUUAUCUUCGUAAACUGUGGUGAUAAAUAGUGAUGUGUGACAAGUGUUGAUAUACCUUUGCUGUUGUUAUUUUUCUGCAUCAGCACGGAUUAAAAUAUUAAAGAUGUCCAGAAUACCAAAGUUGCCGACGACUGGUAGUAAGGAAAACAGGCCAGGCUUAGCGCGAAGUGCUCCAAUUUCAGCCAGGACACUGGCCAUUAGUCUUAGUGACGCUGAUAAGAAAAACUUGCUCCUGAAUCAUACGAAACCAUUAAAUAAUGGGCCAACUAACGGAGUUACAAAUGGAGCAUCUAGAGUUGUUGCUGCUCCAAGAUUUAAACGAGCACAGACACUUCCGUCAUCUAGUACUGUACCACCAGCAAAAAUCGCAAAAAUCGAAAAGAAACCAGCAGUGCCUGCUCCCCGAAUUGCACCUUACGACUUCAAAGCUAAGUUUAAUAACUUGCUUGAGAAACACAAAGUUAUGAAAGCUGACUACAUAACGUUGAAAGAGAAGCAUGAUGAAAUUACAGAAGAGUAUGAAAAAGUAAAGGAAACUGCACAAAGCUGUGCUAAUGAGCGGGAUAUUUUAAAAGAGAAGUUAUUAACUGCAUUAACAGAACAUAGAGAGAGGUCUGCUGAAUAUGAUAGAUUGAAGAUUGAUUGUGAAAUACAGAAGCACGCAAUUGAAGACCUUCACCGGAAGACAAGACUUCUGGAAGAAGUCACAAACAGUUUGAAGAAAAAAUCAGAAGAACUUGAUAAACUUCAGACAGACUAUGAUGAUCUGACUCGACGGCAUAACAGCUUAAAAGAAGAGACAGAAGCUCUGAGAGUUCUUUCUGAACAUCUAAAGAAAGUUUCUAUUGAACAUGAAAAAUUGCAACUGGACUACAAAGAGUCACAGUUAACAUUGACAAAGAAUAUAACUGACACAGAAGGACUGCAAAACAUUUUGGCAGCCAUGUACAAGGAACAAAGAGAUUUAAGGAACACUAUACAAGACUUGAAGGGAAAUAUCCGUGUAUACUGCAGAGUUCGACCACCACUUGAGUCUGAGACUUCCAAACCAUGCUUUAAUAUUCAUGUACUAGAUGCUUGUUCUAUAGAGGUAGAGAGAGUUGAAUUAUGCAAUUCUACUAGGAAAGGGAAACAUGCAUUUACUUUUGAUGGGAUUUUUACACCACAUGCAUCUCAGGAAGAUGUAUUUGCUGAAGUCUCCACUAUGGUACAGUCUGCUUUAGAUGGAUAUAAUGUCUGUAUUUUUGCAUAUGGUCAAACAGGUUCUGGAAAAACAUAUACAAUGGAAGGAGGUUGUGGAAAGGAGCAGUAUGGAAUCAUACCCAGAGCAUUUAACAUGAUUUUCACAUCCAUGGAAGACUUGAAAAAAAUGGGUUGGGAGUUGACUAUUAAAGCUUCCUUCCUAGAAAUAUACAAUGAGAUUAUUUAUGACUUGCUGAACUCUAGUAAGGAGCAAGAAUCACAUGAAAUUAAAAUGGUUAAUUCUAAAGGAACUGAUGUAUAUGUUUCCAACUUAAAAGAGGAGUUAGUAAAGAGUUCUCAUGACUUCAUCAAAUUGAUGAUAUUUGCCCAACGUAACAGACAGACAGCUGCAACUCUUAACAACGAAAGGAGUUCUAGGUCUCACUCUGUGGCACAAAUAAAGAUAUCAGCUAUUCAUGACAAACGUAAAGAAAAGUUUACAAGUCACUUGAAUCUUGUAGAUCUGGCUGGUUCAGAAAGUGGGAAGACAACUCAAAGAAUGGAUGAGACUAAACAUAUCAACAGAUCACUGUCAGAGCUCUCCAAAGUUAUUUUGUCUCUGCAGACCAACCAGUCUCACAUACCUUACAGAAAUUCAAAGCUGACACAUUUGCUGAUGCCCAGCUUAGGUGGUAAUUCCAAAACACUUAUGUUGGUCAAUAUCAACCAAUUCGAUGAAUGUUUCAGUGAGACUCUGAACUCAUUAAGAUUUGCAACAAAAGUUAAUAGUUGCAGAACAAUUAAAGCCAAGAAAAAUCUGACAAUGGUUGAAUCUUAAUUUCCAUUUUUAAAAUCUAACAUUUUUUUGAAUAAUUCUUGAUUGAACUAUUUUUAUCAGUGAUAGAAUAUAUUUAGUACCUAUGUAUUUCAUGUAGUUGUAGCUAAUAAUGACAUUAUAAUUAUAGUUAAUUUCGUGAACUACUAUUUUCGUAAAACUUUUAAACAUUUUAUCGAGAUACCUAUUUAAUUAAAUAUUGAUUAUUGUUAUGGUACUCGAUUUUUUCUUUAAUAGACCAAUGUCGAGCGUAUGUUUUUAGUUUUAG